AUGUCUAAGAAUAUACGUUCCUAUUUUACUGUUAUGAAAAAACAAACAUCUAAUACAGCAGAUAAUGAUAGUGAUGUUAUACCAGAAUCUCCAGAUGUUCAAAUAAAGAACAAGAAAAAACAAUCACGAAAAAAAAGAGUAAUAGAGGACUCGGAUGAAGAAGUAGUUUCACCUAAAAAGGCAAAGUUAAGUUCUAAAAAACAACCAGACUCACAGCAAGUACAAAAAAGUCCUAAAUUCAAGGAGGUCACACUGACUGAUUUAUUUGGUAAUGGAAAAAUAAAGAAAACAGAUGCUUUAGUUGUUAAAGACAAAAAAAGAAAACAUACUGAAACUGGUAUACAUUCUGAUGAUGACUUUGAAAAAAGUUUAUUGGAAUUAGAUGCACCUGAUUUAUCAAACGAAGUGGUUACUGACAACACUCUUAAGAUCAAAGAAGUCGCCAAGUCUAAAGAGAUUCUAUCGAAAAAAACUGAAUCCAUUAAACAUGAGGUUGAUGAUGACAUAAAUUCUAAGCUUAAGUCUAUUGACAGAAAAGAAAAUCAUGCUGAAAUCACCAUUCCUGAUAUAAUAAAAAUUGAUGAUGAUUCUAACUGUAGAAAAGGCAAGUCAAAAAGAGAUCACGGACAAUUGCAAAAUGCUAAUAGUGAAAACAAUAGCCAGAAGAGCGUAGACACUUCAGUACAUAAUGAUAGUAUCAUGUUAAAUAAAGAAUCAAGAAAAACCAAGAGGGAUUUGAGUGAAUUUCUCGAUGAUGAUGACCAUUAUGAUAAGAACAGGAAAAAGACUAAACAUGACGAUAGUCUUAAUGAUUCUGCACUUAGUGAUCAAGAGAGACAUGAAAGAAAAAUAAUGUCCGCAGCAUUGUAUCAAAAAUAUUUAAAUAGGACAGGACCUAAGAAUCUAGGAGCUAAGGAAAUUCCAGAGGGGACACCAGAGUGCUUGAAAGAUUGCUCCUUUUUACUAACAGGAGUUUUGGACUCGUUUGAAAGAGAGGAAAUAAUUGCUGCAAUCACAAAGUAUGGUGGAACAGUUAAAUCAGGAAUUAGUAAGAAGGUCACUCACGUCCUUGCGGGUGAAGAUGCAGGUCCUGCUAAGACGGCCAAAGCUGAAGCACUAGGCAUAAAAAUAAUAGACGAAGACCAAUUUAUCAAUAUGAUAACAGAAUUGUCUAAAAAAACAAACAAUCAUAAAGAUAAGUGCAAAGAAAGUAAUAUUAAAACUGAAAAUAUAAAAAAGGAAACAGAGAAAUUCAAUGAUAAGAAAAAAACUCCCUACAAGGAAAAAUCGAAGUCCAAUGAUAAGCUUGAUGUCCUUGUAAAAAAAGAAAAAUCACCCAAAGACACGACACCCAAGAAUGACGAAAAAUCCCCAAAACUAAGUAUUAAAAAGGAAAAAAGUCCUCCAUUACAAAAAGAUGACAAAGAUGUGCAAAUGAGAAAUAAUGAUAAUGCAUCACAAGCAUCUAAUGCUGCACCAUUAUCUUUGAUGUGGGUUGACAAGUAUAAGCCACAGAGUAUUAAACACAUUAUUGGGCAGCAGGGAGAAGCGAGUAAUGUUAAAAAAUUAAUAAAUUGGCUAACAAAUUGGUAUGUAAAUAGAAAAAAUAUGCCCAAAGUCAAGCGAAAUCCGUGGGCCAAGAAUGACGAUGGUGCUUCCUAUAAAGCUGCUUUACUUUCUGGACCUCCUGGAGUCGGUAAAACGACGACCGUUAGCUUAGUCUGCAAAGAAUUAGGUUUUGACAUGGUUGAGUUUAAUGCGUCAGAUACUCGAAGUAAAAAUUUAAUAAAGGAACAAAUCUCUGAACUUUUAUCUACCAAUUCUCUAUCUGGAUAUGCAAGAGGGCAAACAGGCAAGCUAGCUGUAACAAAGAAACAUGUUCUAGUAAUGGAUGAAGUGGAUGGUAUGGCUGGUAACGAGGACAGAGGUGGUCUUCAAGAGUUAAUUUCAUUGAUAAAGACAACAUCUGUGCCGAUAGUUUGCAUGUGCAAUGACAGGAACAGCGAAAAGAUGCGCUCCUUGGUUAACUAUUGUUAUGAUCUGCGAUUCAGCCGCCCCAGAGUCGAUCAAAUAAAGUCUGCAAUGUUGUCCAUGUGCUACAAAGAAAGUAUUAAAAUUCCUGGAGAUGUUUUAUCACAACUAAUAAGUGCCGCAGGACAAGAUAUAAGACAGACCAUACAUUUAUUAUCGGUUUGGAGUGCUGAUCCGGCUCUCGCUGAUCACGAUAGACUGCAGAAAGAAGCACACAGAGUGAAAAAAGACAUUAAGAUGGGUCCAUGGGAGGCAAUAAGAAAAGUUUUCUCUGCUGAGGACCAUAAAACAAUGAAUAUAAAUGAUCGGAGUGAUCUCUUUUUCACGGACUACAGCCUCGCACCACUUUUUGUGCAUGAAAACUACCCGCAAGUUGUACCUCACUGUCCCAAGCAUGAUAUAUUGAACAGAGUCAGUGCAGCUGCAGAUAGUAUCAGUCUUGGUGACUUGGUGGAUUCGAGGAUAAGAAGUAAUCAAGCUUGGAGUCUAUUACCAUUGCAGGCAAUGUAUAGCUCAGUUAUUCCUGGACAAAUGCUAUCGGGGCAUAUAGGUGGGCAAAUCCAAUUUCCUGGAUGGCUUGGUAAAAACUCCCGAGCAAAUAAAAUGGCCCGCCUAGCUCAAUCCAUUCAUGCUCACACCAGGCUUAGUACAACUGGUUCUAAAUCAUCGAUAUUUUUGGAUUAUGCACCACAACUUCGAGACGCUAUCUUGAAUCCACUCAUUAAAGACAAAAGUCAAGGCAUCUCAAAAUCACUGCAAGUGUUGGAAGACUACCAUUUGUUAAAAGACGAUUUAGAGUCUCUCACUGAACUUUCAUUAUGGCCAGGACAGAGGAAUCCAAGUGUUCUUGUGGAUGUUAAGGUAAAGACUGCGUUAACUAAAACAUAUAACAAGCAAGCAAGUGCUUUGCCAUAUGCACCCAUAGCUGUCAAAAAAGCAAAACAUCAUGAUACUGAUGAAAACGGUAUGGAGUUAGAAGAUGAAGUGGAGUAUGACAGUGAUCCAGAAAAUGAUGCUCUAAUUAAGAAAAAGAAAACUAAAGCUAAUGAGAAUCCUUCCACUAGCAAGGAAAAGCCACAGAGAAGUAAGGGAAAGAAAAAGUGA